AUGUCAACUGCAAUUGCGAUCAGCACUGUUGCACCAGCCACUAAUAGUGUAAACAGUGAGCAAGCAAAAUCGCACAUCACCAACAGAUAUGAAGCCAUCGAUCUUGCUACGGCCUUGAAGACUCAGGAGAGGUAUCAAGAAGAGAGAAAAAAGCGGCUCAGGCCUGACGGCCUUGAUCAAUACGUCAAUCUAGGGGAUACUGAAGAGCCAAGUUAUAAACGCUUCCUAAGGGAUCCUUGGGACAACGGAUCAACUGCAUCUCUGACGCUGAAAGACAAUGCCCACUUCAAGUUUGUCAUCCUGGGUGCUGGCAUAGGGGGGCUUUUGUUCGCUGUACGGUUGGUUGGUGCUGGAUUUCAACCAGAAGAUAUUGUCAUCGUCGAUGCCGCUGCAGGAUUUGGUGGUACCUGGUACUGGAAUCGGUACCCUGGUGUGAUGUGCGAUGUCGAGAGUUACAUAUACAUGCCACUGCUGGAAGAGACGGGAUACAUGCCCAAGCACAAAUACGCCUAUGGGGAGGAGCUUCGUGAACACGCGAAUCGUGUUGCGCGACAAUGGUCUUUGGAGAACCGAGCCAUGUUCCGCACCCUCAUCACUCAAUGCACCUGGGAUGAUAAUACCGCAGAGUGGGCUGUCAAAAUGACCCAGAAAGCCUUCUCGGCAGACACAACGACGGCAAGCGUGCGUGCCGACUUUGUCAUGCUGGUCCCAGGACUGCUGAACCGUCCGAAGCUGCCAAAACUCCCCGGCUUGGGAAAUUUCCAGGGUCAGAGCUUCAUAACCUCACGUUGGGACUACAACGUCACGGGCGGCAACCAAGAAGCCCCAGAGAUGCGUCAGCUGCAAGAUAAGAGGGUUGGUAUCAUAGGCACAGGGGCCUCUGCUGUCCAAGCGGUGCCACACCUGGCCAGGUGGAGCAAAGAACUCCUAGUAUUUCAAAGAACGCCAGCAGCAGUUGACGUUCGAGGCCAGAAGGCAACUGAUGAGGAGGAGUGGAGACAGAAGAUUUGCACGGGACCGGGCUGGCAGAUGGCUCGUAGUCGUAACUUUGCAUCCUUCCUAGCCAACACACAGCCACCGGAGCCCGUGGACCUGGUAUCGGAUAGCUGGACAAGCUUUCCCUCAUUCAGCGUUCUGACGGGUGGGGCCAAAACAAUAGGCAUAGAUGAAAUUCCUGAUCAUGUCGCCAACUUGCAUCGAUUGGACAUGCCUCGCGCGGAGAGGAUACGAGCCAGGGUUGGCGAGGUAGUCAGCGACCAAGAGAUUGCCGAGAAACUCAAGGCAUGGUACCCAGGGUGGUGUAAGCGACCGGGGUUCCACGACGAGUACCUCCAAGCUUUCAAUCUGCCCAACGUCCAACUCGUAGAUACGAAUGGCAAGGGCAUCGAGAGACUGACCGAGGCGGGCGUUAUGGCGAAUGGUAGAACUUAUCACGUGGACGUGCUCAUCUGGUCAACGGGCUUUGAGCUCGGUGUGCUUGGCAGUCCAGGCUCUCGCUGCGGCGUCCAAGUAAUCGGGCGAGCAGGCUUGGACAUGGAGGACAAAUGGGCUAAAGGAGUUGCCACAUUACAUGCUGUCUGCACCAACGGCUUCCCUAACAUGUUCUUCGCGGGCGCGAACCAAGCGGGUGCAUCGCCUAACUAUACACCAACUCUGGAAACCUUUGCUCAGCACAUUGCUAAGAUCAUCUCAGAAAGUACUCGGCGGAUUGGCGAGGCUCAACCGGCUGCCAAGGUGGUCAUUGAGGCAACGCAAGAAGCAGAACAAGCCUGGUCAAGGCGCGUCAUAGCUGGGGCUCCGACCCUAGCGCCCAUGGCCGGAUGCACGCCUUCGUACUACAAUGCCGAAGCAUCUUUAGAUAACAUGUCGAGAGAAGAACAGAUGCUUGCGGCGCCGGCAGGGCCCUGGCCGGCAGGGCUGAACAGUUUCAUGGAUGUCCUAGAGGACUGGAGGAGCCGGGAUGGCGAGCUUGAAGGGUUGCACAUAUCAGGGGUACAGGUAGACUAG